CUCCUCUCCCAAAUACAUCCACACAUUCGAUUGCCAUUAUCUUAUCCGUCAGAUAAGAGGUGAUCGUGCUCCUCUCACCUCAAUCCUAUCAGUAUCUCACCCUUCUUCUCCACCAAUCACAACACAAACAAAACACCCUCAUUUCAUUUCACUAACCACAGUCACACUACUUUCUUCUUCUUCUUCUUCUUUCCUUCUUUCCACUCCAACAAUGGCGUCUCUACAACACACCACCGCUUCACUCCGCUCCAAACACAUCCCCAAAACCACAAACACCCUCACCCGAAAACCCAUCCUCAACCUCUCCCUUCCCACCUUCAUCUCCCCCAAACUCAAACUCUCCCUCACCAAAACCCGCCGCUCCACCGGCGGAGUCCUCGGAGUCAGAAUGUCCUCCCCCGUCGCCGCCAGCUACGCAGCCGCCUUAGCCGACUUAGCAAAAUCCAACAACAGCCUCGACGCCACAACCGCAGACAUCGAGAAAAUCGAAGAACUUUUCUCUGACCCCAAGGUGCUCGACUAUUUCUCCAGCCCAAUAGUCGAAGACUCCACCAAAACCAAACUCUUAACAGAGUUCGCCACCACAUCAGGCCUCUCACCACACACACAAAACUUCCUUAACAUCCUGAUCGAAUCCAAGAGGAUCGACAUCGUCCUCGACAUUGCUAAGGAAUUUGAACUUGUGUUCAAUACUCUAACUGAUACCGUGCCUGUGGUUGUGACUUCCGUUGUGAAGCUGGAGUCGGAGCAUUUGGCUCAGAUUGCAAAACAGAUUCAGAAGCUUACUGGGGCUAAGAAAGUGAGGACUAAAACCGUUCUUGAUCCAAGUUUGGUGGCUGGUUUUACUGUCAGUUAUGGGAAUUCUGGCUCUAAGUUUAUUGAUAUGAGUGUUAAGAAGAAACUUGAGGAAAUUGCUGCUCAACUUGAUUUGGGUGAUAUCAAACUUGCUGCAUGAGCAUUCUUUGUGCUUCCUGUCAAUUUGGUUUACUCAAAUUGUAAUUUUUUUUGGGUUAUAACUAUAUUUAUGUAUCUAUGUAUGAAUCCUCAAGUGUGUACAACUUUCUUACAAAAAUAAUAUUAAUCUGCCUUCAUUUUUCUUAUAUAAA